CGACAGUGCGACUACGCCCAGCUAUGUCGGCACGCAGCCUACCAUCGAUGGCUCACUUCAGCUUGAGGGCUGUGUAUGCUGUCGAAAAGGGACCAAUACGGACCUCUGUGCGAGACAGACCGCGGCGUAUUCGUGGGGUGAAUUUCACCACGUCAGUUUGUCGUGAAGAUGACAGUCGUGUGCAAAGGCGAUAUGGCACCGCAAACGAACCUCCUGCGCAUUUCUUGGAUAACCAGCCGAGGGAAGGACGAAGCGGAACGACCGAUACUCCUCCACGACCCGCCGAAAGCAAGAAAGAUUUAGAACAGAAGCAGACCUCAUCACCAUAUAUCAAAGAGGCUGAGGGCAGCAAGAAAAAAACCGAGCAUGUGGAAGCAGAAGAUAUUACCAAUUUCAGUACGACUGCGCAGACUUUGGACAAAGAUACGACAAGCGGAGACGCUAGUGGACCUGGUCCCCAAAGCCAACUACGAGGAACAUCGUCUAAACCACUCGAGACUGUUCUUAACAUGCCUCCACCUAAGAACUCAGAAAAUGAUAAGCCCCCGCAUUUAGCACCUCCCCCGUACGUACACCAUUUCGACACGUAUGGCCUAGUUAAGAAACUCAACAGCGGGGGCUUCACAAAUGGGCAGUCAACCACGAUCAUGAAAGCCAUUCGUACAAUACUCGCCGAAAACAUGGACCUAGCCAGACGAGGUUUGGUUUCCAAGUCAAAUGUGGAGAAUGGGAUGUAUCUUUUCCGUGCGGCGUGCAGUGAGCUCAAGACGGAGAUCGAGAACAAUCGCAAGGGUGAGCUCGACAAGAAUAGGACACGCAGGGCGCUUCUGCAGCACGAGGUUGAUAUUCUUGGUCAGAAGAUCACGCAAGAGAUCAGUGGGUUGAGAGACGAGCUCAAAGGCAUGUUUGACGAUCGCAAAAUGACGGUGCGAACAGAGCAGCGAAACAUGGAGAAUAGAAUCCAAGAACUCAACUACAAGAUCACAGUAACGCUCAAUUCCGAUGCAAAGACAGAGGUUGAGGGUGUUCGCUGGGUACUUACUCGGCGAGCCGCAACAGCGCUAGCGGUGUCGGUCAUGAUGAUAUUGGCUACUCUUAAUUACGCAAGAUACAUGUCUGCUACGCAAGACAAGGAACGUCAGAAACACAGGGAGUUGAUGAAGGCUAAUUCAACGACAUCGCAUAAUAUUGGAACGCAAACAGAGCCGACCAGCCAGUCGGGUGAGACUCUGAUCGCGAGUGAGGGUGUGAGCCUAGGUUGAUGUAUAUACGGGGUACAAAUCUCGAUAAAGAAUGAUCAGCACAACUGCCAGCUAGCCACUUGUCAUAUGCUCGGUCAAUGGAUAAGUGCGUGUGUGGUGCCAAUCACGUGUCAUAGGGGUGACCCCAUGACAGUCGCGUAGGUCCAAGGAAUGUAUGUGUAAGGGGUCAAGGCAGAACACUAUCAAGAAAUCCUACGUUGCGACAAGCAGUCCAUCC